AUGGCGGCCUUCUAUGAUGGUAGCUCUGGUGGUCCGGACUUUACUGGCCCAAAGCGUGGCCUUGAGGACUGCGCGGUCUGCGCACAGGACUUCGAUGCGAUCAGUAACCUCUUCCUGUUCGUGGAAUCUGAUGCCAAGUGUUUGGAUGAUGAGCCGCCCUGGACUGAAGACGACUGUUCUGAGUACAAGGCGAUGCAGGUCUUCGUGUGCUCUCAGAAAUUUGCUUUGCUGGCUUACCUCUGUCAAUUUGCGACAGUUGCUUGA